GUGUGUUCGUGAGUGCAGUGCCUUAUUGAAGAUAUUAAUUAUUUAAUAAUAUAGUUGUGAUGUUGCGUCACUGUGUAAUCCUUGCGGUGUUGGGAGUAGCUUUAGGAGCGCCCAGACCUCAAUACCAAGUGCAGCAAAGGCAGGAAGAAGGCAUACCACCUCAUCUAUUAAGGCAGUACAUCGGUGGUGGAGCUGCACAGCAUCAGCAACCCCGACCGGUGCCUCAAGCAGCACCAGCCCCUGCGCCAGUUCGACUUCCAUACAACGUGCAGAAUGAAGAAUACCAACAACAGCAAUAUCAGCCCCAGCAACAACAACAAUACCAACCCCAGCCGCAACAACAGUAUCAACAGCAACCUCAACAACAAUAUCGGGCUCAACAGGAAAAGGAACCUGAAGACUUUGACAGCAAUCCAUCAUACCAAUUCGGUUUCGAUGUGAAUGACGACCAGUUCACAAACUACCAGACCCGCAAGGAGCAAAGAGACGGUGGCGUCAUCAAGGGCUCCUACUCCGUCGUGGACAGCGAUGGUUUUAUCAGAACUGUCACCUAUACUGCUGACCCGAAGGAAGGAUUCAAAGCUGAGGUGUCUCGCCAGCCAACGGAUAUUGUGGUGAAGAUUCCAACUCCGAAGCCACAAUUGCAGCAAGAACAGCACAUUCAGCCUCAGCCUCAACAGCAACUCGCUCAUGCGCAGCCAAGACCGCAACCCAACCAACAGCAGUACUACAGAUACGAAUAACCUUUUACAAGACUGGUCGAUCGCUGAAUGAUGCUGGUAUUAGAUGUUUGUGAUAUAUGUAUUUAUUAUCUAUUCCGAAUUCUCAAUAUUCUGCCACAGUAUUAGCGUUUAAUAUAUGGAGGGUAAAGAGAACAAUAAAAUUAAGGACAUAAUAUACAAAAAAUAAUCCAAGUUGGCGCUACAGUAGCAAGUGGCGCUACAGUAUUAAGUGACCGCAAAAUUUAAAAUAAUAUUUCGUAUGUUGUAUUUUCUUAUAGUUUUCAUACAUUUUUUUAAUGAUAAUCUUUGAAAUUUAUAAUUAGUUGUUAAAUACUCUAGUCACUAAAAUAUAAAUUUUCUUUACUCAGCGCACUUCACUCUGUCAACAACGGCUAAAUUAAUUUCAUACACUCUUGCUACACUAACGCCAUUCUGGAGGGAUUGUGUACUUUUUUCUGUGUAUUCAUUGCUGAAACUGUUUCCUCAUAAAAGAUUGUUCUCCUUACCUCUGCCAUCUAUAGUUAGCCCCAAAUAUGUACGAAGGUGAAAUUAAUAAAAUUGUAAU